GGUGCAAACCAGGAAGUGACGUUUAAGGCAACAAUCCAACCAGUCUCCAAAUGUAUAAGCUUGUCAAACGCAUGCUAUUAUCGACAGGAGCCCAGUACGACCUACACACCGGGCUGCCGUUUGGACAAACAUAGCCAUGGCGCCCAUGUCAUUGCCCCUGUCGUCAGUCGCGAAGGCCCGGGACUUCUUACGGAGGGCGAGUAUGCUGUGUGGGUUUUUACAAGAGCAAACACCCAGUUUUUGUUUAUGGCAGCGGAAAUUCAGCUCGGUGUCCCGUGGAGUCGAUCAACUUCUGUCCCAGCAGCAUAGAGCCAUCAAACAUGCAGCAUCUGUCUGUAGCAGCUCCUCAGACAGUCAGGACAUGGGACGGAGGCUGUGGGCGAUCUAUAACGAUGCAAAAAAGCAGACUAAAGAUUUGAUACCAGACAUUUCCCCCACAGAUCCGAACACUAUAUUCGCCAACAAUGAAAUCAGUCUCCGGGAUAUUGAGAUCUACGGUUUUGACUAUGACUACACUCUGGCCUUUUACUCUAGACAUCUGCACACCUUAAUCUUCAACAUAGCAAGAGAUUUACUUAUCAGCCAACACAGAUAUCCUGAAGGACUACGGGAGUAUGAAUAUAUUCCUGAUUUUGCUGUAAGAGGACUGCACUAUGAUGUUCAAAAGGCUCUUCUUAUGAAAAUAGAUGCUUUCCACUACAUACAAUUGGGAACUGUAUACAGGGGUCUUAAUCCUGUGCCUGACCCAGAAGUAAUUGCCAUGUAUGAAGGAUGCCAUGUUCCUCUGGACAUCAUGAGUGACUUCUAUGGAAAGAGCACCCAGGGCCACACCAUGAAGCAGUUUAUGGACAUAUUUUCACUUCCUGAGAUGACGCUGCUGUCCUGUGUCAACGACUUUUUCAUGAAGCACAAUAUUGACUAUGAGCCAGUGCAUCUGUACAAAGACGUCAAGGAAGCUAUCCGAGAUGUUCAUGUUAAGGGCAUUAUGUACAGAGCUGUAGAAGCAGAUAUUGACAAAUAUAUUUGCUAUGGGGAGGAGAGCCACGCCGUGCUCAAGAAGCUGUCGGAGCAUGGAAAAAAGAUGUUCCUCAUUACCAACAGCCCUUUUGACUUUGUGAAUCGAGGAAUGAGCUACAUCGUGGGGAAGGACUGGAGAGACCUGUUUGAUAUUGUCAUAGUACAGGCUGAUAAACCCAGCUUCUUCAAUGACAGGAGAAAACCGUUCCGGCGGGUGACUGAUAAAGGUGCACUGCUGUGGGAUAGGAUUCACAAGUUGGAAAAGGGACAAAUUUACAAACAGGGAAAUCUUUAUGAGUUCCUGCGGCUCACUGGCUGGAGAGGAUCUAAAGUGCUCUACUUUGGUGAUCACAUUUACAGCGACUUAGCGGAUUUGACACUGAAGCACGGCUGGAGGACAGGUGCCAUUAUCCCUGAGCUGCGGAAAGAGAUUAAAAUUAUGAACACAGAAGAGUUUGUGCACAUGACAACCUGGUUACAGACUCUCACCGGCCUCAUAGAGCAGAUGCAGGUACACCACGAUCCAGUAUCUCAGGCAGUUGUUCAGGAGUGGAUCAAAGAGAGGGAAGCCAUGAGGCCACACACAAAGGACAUCUUUAACGCUCAGUUUGGGAGCCUGUUCCGGACGUACCACAACCCCACCUACUUCUCCCGCCGCCUGUCCCGUUUCGCUGACAUGUACAUGGCCUCCAUCAGCUGCCUCCUCAACUACGACUUUAAACACACGUUCUUCCCUCGCCGCACCCCUCUGCAGCACGAGUCAACCUUCUGGCCUCAACACCGGUCCAACUGUGAAACUGCCAAAACCCAGGUCCAGCAAAGAUGAAAGGUUCAACUUGACUAUCAGCUUUUACGUCAAUUAUACCAACACUUUUAUUGGAAUGUAAUUUAGUGAUAUAGCUUUAAAUGUAUGCAAUAUACACUUCAGAAAAUGACUUACCUAAGUCUUUGCACAUGUCAUUUUAUGAUGCUGCCUCUAGAGGGCGAUCACUCAGUACUUGCAGUAGUAACAUUUGAACACUGAUGAGUCCUUCUUUUUGUGCAUCUGUCAGAUUGUAAAAGAAGGGGUGUUACAUUUCAGUGGUCAUUUGCCUUAAUUCAGAAAAGAUAUUUAACACUAGCAGUUUUGUUUUAUGAGAAGCUUUAAAAUAUGCCAUUUUACAUCCAGAUCGUUGUUAGAAGAUGUGCUCCAAACAGAUGCAAUGUGUUGUACGUGAGUGAGGAGGUGAGACCUGAGUGUUGCUGGUAUUUUUAGCCAUAGUUUAUUUGAUCUGUGAAGAAGAUGAUGAUUGGUGCUGUCUUUACAGGUUUGCUGCUUUUAUUUUUGCAGAAAAUGUGAGAAAUGUUUUCACGUUGCUGAAAUGAGAGGAUAUAUUUAGAAGUAGAAUAAUUAAUGGUUUAAAUUAUUCUGAACAGGAACUGACUUUCUGUGAUGUUUGUCUAUUACGGUGUACUGUAGUGUAU